AAAAUACUUCAGCCAUUCUUAUCUUAUAUUAUAUAAUUGAAUCAUAACUUUUGUUUUAAAAUAAUCAUGUUCCAAAUAAUUCUUUGAUAUAAGCUGCAUAUUGAAAAAUUCUUAAAAACACUGUUAAAAUGGCAAGUGCUUUAGAACAGUAUGUAAAUACUGUACAGACGCUGUCUACACAAGGAAAUUUCUCACAACUAUGUGAUUUCAUCAGCAAAAGUGCAGAAACAUUAAGUAAGAAUGUCAGCCACCUAGACAAUGUACUCGCCACUCUAGAUAUUCAACAACAUUCAUUAGGUGUGCUUGGCAUAUUGUGUGUAAAAUACAGCAUGCCAAAUGUUCCUGAUUUUGAGACAUUAUUUGUACAAACACAAGAGUUUAUAUUGUCAUGUAAUGGAGAACAUGUUCGCUAUGCCACAGACAGUUAUGCAGAUUUGUGCCACAAGUUUACACAUAACCUUGUGGAAAGGAAGCAGGUAUUAUUUUAUUUUUGUUUGAAAGUGUUAAUGGCUAACAUAAGGCUAAUUAUUGCUUAUAUAGAAACUGAGAUAAGGUGGUUAUAGUGCUAUACCUAAGUUGGCAUUUGAUACCGUAUAAGUAC